AUGGAUACUGGUAAUAAGAUGAAUUUAGACGGCGAGAAUAAAUCUUCUGAGACAUAUCAAUCGGUAGUGGAUCUGUCAAAAUCUUAUGAAGCUCAAAUAUCGAUUAACUUGAUAGAUUCUCAAACAAAUACAAGGUAUGAUCUGUGGAAACAUUCAUUAAUUGGGCGCCUAGAUUUACAGAGUAUUAAAUUUGUAGAAGCUUCAGCUUUAUUAUUGAAACAAUGGAAGUUGACAGGUAAAUGUCAAUUAAUUCCUUUAGGUAAAGGUUUUUUCACAAUCAAACUAGAAAAUGCAGUGGAUAAAAAUUACAUUAAAUCUGGUAAAUGGGAAGUUAAGGAACAAUUCUUAAGUCUAAGAAAUUGGAUUCUCAAUUUUAGACCUGAAAACCAGAGAACAUCUAAAGCUAUGGUGUGGGUUCAUUUUCCAGGUUUGAGUUUAGAAUAUUGGGAUGAAGAAACCUUAUUCAAGUUAAGCAGAGCUCUGGGUGUUCCAGUUAAGGUGGAUGAUGCUACCUUAAAUUAUCAAAGCGGGUAUUAUGCAAGAGUUUUGGUAGAGAUUGAUUUAGCAAAAACAAUACCAAAUAAGCUUUGGAUUAUUACCAAGUAUGGAUGUUUCUCUCGAAGUGUUGUUCUAACUAAUUUACCUAAAUUUUGUUGGAAAUGUAAAAUUGUUGGUCAUCAGCAUUAUGAAUGCAUAAUUAAAACUCAAACAGAGAAGCCUAUUGAGCAAGGUCCUUCUACUGAGAAGCAACCAGAAGUUCCUCAAGCUCCAACUCCAGAGAAGGUUCAUGAGGUGGUAAUGGAACCAUUUGAUAUAGCUCCAACUCCAGAGAAGGUUCAUGAGGUGGUACAUGUUUCAAAUGUUGAUAUUUCAUCAUCAAGUAAUAUAUCAAGUACAAUUAAAAUUUCUAAAGGAAAAUUCAGUCCAUUAUAA